CGGAUGAACAUGACCUGUGCCCUACAGGAGUUGGGUGUGUAUGUGUGUGUGUGUGUAUGUAUGUGGAGAUUUACCAAAAAGAUAAGUUCUUACAAGAUAAGACAGGAGCUGUGUAGAAUCUAAAGGUGGGCUGACAAGAGACUAAAGGUAACUAAAGAGAAAGCUUUGCUCAAUAAAGAGACAAAGAGUUUACGCACCGUCAUGACUCACCGCUUCUUUGAGGGGAAGGAACAUGCCUCCAUCUACCAAACAUAUCGCUUUCCGCCUCCUGAUGGUCUCAAAAAUAUUAUUCUUCAAUACUUGGAUAACAAGAAGGGACAACCACACGAGCUGGCAGUCGAUCUAGGAUGUGGAACGGGUCAGAAUUGUCAACUACUCGCGCCACACUUUGAAGAAGUCGUGGGAAUGGACGUCAGUGAGUGUCAGCUGGACGAAGCCAGAGCGGUGCAAAGUUGCCCCAACAUCACAUACAGGAAAGGGACAGCAGAGGAGCUUCCAUUUUCACAUAACUCAGUAGACUUGCUGACAGCAGCAUCAGCAGCCCACUGGUUUGAUCAGGACAGGUUCCUGGCUGAAGCAAGUAGGGUUCUGAAACCCCGGGGCUGUAUGGCUCUGCUGGGCUACUCUGAUAUGAGCAGCAAACUUCACUACAAGAACUGUGGAGAACAACUCACCCAUAUCUAUAAAGAAGUGAAGCAGACGCUAAUGCCACACACAAACAACCGUGUAGCUGUAUGUGAUAACAAGCUGGAGGAUCUUUACGCUGCCAUCACUUUUCCAGACAAAGAGAGGAUUGAAUAUACCGAAGCAAACCAUUUAAUCUCAUUGAGAAACCUGAUGGGAUUCAUUGAGACCUGGUCCGCUUUUCAAACGUACAAAAAGAAAGACCCCAAGUCUGCUCAAGACCUGCUGCUCAACACUCAGGACAGGUUUCUGGCUGUGAUGGCUGUCACGUCUCUUGACACAGAAUUAAAGUGGGAGCUGGAAUAUUACUGCGUCCUGGCAUCGAAACCCCAAUAAGCUACACUGUAGCACUUUUUAACAUUUAAACAUGUGAUGCAUGUGAUGCAUUCAAGGUACAGUGUAAAAUUUGGCAACAUUUAUUGCAGCUACACCUUGCGCCGAUUGUCCUAUUUUUAAAUCUUUAAGAAGACCUUUAAGAAGAGAACAUAUUUAAUGUGGACAUUCUUGUCUAUUUUCUUUGUCUUCUUACCCCUUUUUUUUCUUAAUCAUUGUAAUUGUCAAAUAAUAAAUUGUUGAAAUUGUUAAAUUA